AUGAAGCUUACAGUUCUAUUCGGUGUGUUGGUAAUCUGCGUUGCUUUACAGAUGGUCCAUGGUUUAGUCGUAGGACUUGGAGGUAUGGGUGGUAUUGGAAUCGGAGGUGUCGGAUUGGGAGGACUCGGAGUCGGUUUGGGAGGGGUCGGAGUCGGUUUAGGAGGUGUCGGAGUCGGUAUGGGAGGGGUAGGAGUUGGACUGGAUGCUCUUGAUGGUCUGGUACUCGGAGGUAUAACAGGCUGUCGAUGUAUGGCAGUUGACAGAAACAAUGCUGCAGUAGUUCUGAGAGAUUUUGGUAUAAUCCAAGCCUGUAGCGCCCUGUCAUUGUGUGGCUGUAACGAGAUAGGAGUGAGAUCCUGUCGAAGGGUUUGUGAACGGGUGGUGGAGGUUUGGGCGGAUAAUGUAUGCCCACUGGCACUCAGGGAUACCGAGGUCAAAGCUGCUUUUCAAUCAACGCUGUGUGCUGCUGGACUGGGAGAUGGUACUAAUGCUUGUGAUGGAAAUGGUCUAACAGGAGUUGUCGUUCCUUUCUUACCCAACCUUGUUUUGUAA